CAUUAUACGCUUGUAACUGUUCAUUGUAACGUAUAUUUGUUGGAAUCAGUCGAUCCAUAAAUAUUGAUUUCAGGUCUUAGCUGUCGUCUGAUGGGCUCAUGAGAACAUCGGAGAGAGAAGAGUCAGUUCCCGAAGCAUCAUGGCCGCUGUUGAGGAGCAGCCUGAGAAACACUGCUGGGUGUGUUUUGCCACAGAGCGGGACGACCACAGUGCGGAGUGGGUGAGUCCCUGCAGGUGUAAAGGCUGCACCAAAUGGAUCCAUCAGUCGUGUCUGCAGCGCUGGCUGGACGAGAAGCAAAAAGGCAACAGUGGAGGAGUGGUGAGCUGUCCGCAGUGUGGCACCGAAUACCACGUCGUCUUCCCCAAGAUGGGCCCCUUAGUGUAUUUCCUGCAGCAGGUGGACAGAGCUCUGUCCCGAGUCAGUCCCUUCGCAGCUGUCGGGGUGGUUGUCGGGACGGUGUACUGGUCAGCCGUCACAUACGGAGCUGUGACCGUCAUGCAGGUUGUGGGUCACAAGAAGGGGCUGUAUGUGAUGGAGCGAGCUGACCCGCUCUUCCUGUUGAUGGGUCUGCCCACCAUCCCUGUGGUGUUGGUCCUGGGAAAGAUGAUCCGCUGGGAGGAUUAUUUAGUUCGGCUGUGGCACAAACGCAACCUGCCUCCAGGUAGCUACCGUUAUCUGCCUCGUGUCCCUGCCGAGGGACCCGGGGCAGGAGACCAUCUCUCCGUGUCCAGGACUCUGUGCGGAGCGCUCAUCUUUCCCUCCAUCGCCAGUCUGGUCGGGAGGAUUCUGUUUCGACGGGUGACUAAUCUGCAGCGCACGAUGCUGGGGGGCCUGGUGUUCGUGCUGAUCAAAGGAGUGUUGAAGGUGUAUUUCAAACAGCAGCAGUACAUCGUCCAGGCCAACAGAAACAUCCUCAACUACCCUGAGAGAAACGGGAAUGGACAGAACGAAGGUGGCGAGGAGGACACAGAGGACACAGAGGAGAGUGGAAACGAGUAGCGGGAGCUGGAGUCGAUGUCAGAGAUGAUUUUAUAAAAAAAAACAAAUGUAUUUUUAUUGUGAAACAAAAAGCAGAACUCAGGAGACUGGUUUUUUCGCACCAGUGGCCGUUGGCGUCUCAUAAUUCACGGACACCAGUAUAAAGUCUGACAUUUUCCAAUUCUAAAAGCAGUUUAUGGCUCAUUUAAAAAAGUUAAGAAAUUCCCCCCUCACUUUUUCAAGAUAUUUGAAUCUUAGUUUGGCUCUAAAAGUCCUGAUUAAAAAAUGUUGUCGGUCCUGUUUGCAAACAAUCAAUUUACCCUCAGUGCCUAUUAUGAUGCUAACUGGCUUAAAUAGCUGAAUCAGGUCUGCCUGAGAGAAAAAGCUCUUUUUGAAAUCAUACAGUUCCGAGCUGCUGAAUCCUUGGUGUUGGUAGAAUGAAGGUUUGGGUGUUUGGGAUACAGUCGAAGCGUUUCAGAGUUUUAUGCACAGAUUAAUCAGGGUGUGGUUAUUUAUUGGUCUCAUGUUGCUCUUCCUCCUGAUGCUCAGUUAAAGCAGAGUUCAGACCAGAUGUUGACACAGGAGAAUUAAAACACUGAUUAAAUAAUAUUAAUAUGUAAUACUUUUUGACUCCUGCGGUUAAGGUAAAGAAAGCAGCUCCUGGAGCAGAAGGUUGAGAAAGUAUUGAUCUUCUUUGCUUUUGCCAAAUGAAAAUUAAUUCAAAGAUUAAUGCAGUGUCCUUGCAGGAGUGUGUUCAACUGAGCUCUUAUUUUAUGUCUUGGAGAAUAAUUUGUCUAAUAAAUAUCUCUGGAAAACCAA